UGGCGCUGAUCCAGUUAUCCAAGGAGUUAGACUUAUGACUGUUUCGAGAAACGGUGCAGGCCCCAAGUCGAUCUCCAGCGUAUACUGCAUAUACGCAAUAGUUUUCAUUUGAAGGAAACAUGAUGACCUCGUCAGAGACCUCAUUGACGACCAUCGAGGAUUUUCGACGUCGGGCUAAGGAGCUGUUGUCAUCAGAAGGCUGGUCAUUUUACAACGAUGCGUCGGGACGGAGAUCGACAUUUCGAGAUAGCAUGGCUGCCUUUGACCGCUACGUGAUUCGUCCUCGUAUCCUCCGUGACAUCACGCAGCGUUCUCUGUCUACGACGGUGUUAGGUCAACCAAUCAGCAUGCCCAUCUGCGUUGCGCCAACGGCAGCACAACAAUUCGCCCAUCCAGACGCCGAAGCAGCAUCGGCUAAAGGCGAGGCUGCGAUGGAAGCGGCUGAUGCCGGAGUCUCUGGAAUCAUUGUAUCAGCUCACGGUGGAAGGCACAUGGAUGGAGUACCUGCUCCGAUUGACGUCCUUGCGGAAGUAGUGUCAGCGGUCAAAGGUCGUGGGGUUGAGGUUUACAUGGAUGGAGGGGUACGAUCAGGAACCGAUGCACUCAAGGCUCUCGGAUUGGGGGCACGGGCAGUACUAAUAGGUAGACCAGCCCUCUGGGGGCUAGCUUGUGAUGGUCCGGCUGGAGUUACUAAGGUAUUAUCAAUCUUACGAUUCGAACUGGACACAGCUCUAGGCAUUUCAGGUUGCACCAGUAUUCAAGACAUUCCGCCAUCAUUGAUAGCUCGGAAAUCUUACCUAUGA